GGAAGAAGAGAGAGAGAGAGAAGAGGCGCUGCUUGUAGGCCUCAGUCAGAGGCGGAGAGGGAGCGUGCGAGGGGCGGCUGCUCCGACUAGGCCUGUCCCCGGCGUGCCGUGAAGCUAGGCCUCUCCCCUUCCUUCCCUCUGCCCGCCUCCUUCGUGGCUGAGCCUCCAUGCUUCUCUUCCUCCUCGUCUCUUCUCUUCCCAAGAGGGCAGCUGGGCCUUGCCUUGGGGACUCGCUACCACAUUUUUGCUCUAAAAAUGGAAACGGAUAACACAGUCCUGAAGCGUCCUCUUUCUGAUGAUAAAGAGGCUAAUGCAGAGGAAAUUAAAAGGCAGAAGGUCUCAGAAGAUCCACUGCAGGAAAAAGUGAAUUCUGACCAGAAGACUGAAGCUGUGGCAAAAGAGCCUGUGAAACCUGUACUUGAGGAUUCAGAAAAUGUAAUGGUCCUGAAUGAGGAGAGUGAAGAACAAGAUGGUGAAGAAAAGCUGGAAGAAAGUGAUGGAGAAGGAGACCCAGAGAGCUUUGCAGACAUGAUGAAGCAUGGACUGACUGAGAUAGAUGUUGGCAUAACAAAAUUUGUUAGCACUCACAAGGGCUUUUCUGGAAUAUUAAAAGAGAGAUAUUCAGAUUUUGUUGUGCAUGAAAUAGCAAAAGAUGGGCAUAUCAUCCAUUUAGAUGACUUCUCUGUGCCAGUAGAUGAGGAGGAUGCUUCUGAAGAGAUUUUUACAGUGUUGUCAGCUGAGGACAAGCAGCGGCUAGAAGAACUGCAGCUUUUUAAAAAUAAAGAAGGCAGUGUUUCCAUUGAGGUCAUUGAAGACACUAAGGAAAAAAGGACAGUCAUACACCAAGCUGUGAAGUCUCUGUUUCCAGGAUUAGAAACUAAAACAGAAGAUCGUGAUGGAAAAAAAUACAUUGUUGCUUAUCAUGCAGCUGGGAAAAAGGCAUUGGCAAAUCCAAGAAAACAUUCUUGGCCUAAAUCUAGGGGAAGUUACUGCCACUUUGUAUUAUACAAAGAAAAUAAGGAUACCAUGGAUGCCAUCAAUGUGCUUUCAAAAUUUUUAAGAGUUAAGCCAAACAUAUUUUCCUACAUGGGGACAAAAGACAAAAGAGCUAUUACAGUUCAAGAGAUUGCUGUUCUUAGAAUCACUGCACAGAGGUUGGCACACUUAAAUAAAUGCCUGAUGAAUUUCAAGCUCGGAAACUUUAGUUACAAGAACCAUCCACUGAAGUUGGGAGAAUUGCAAGGAAAUCAUUUUACUGUUGUUCUCAGAAAUAUAACAGGAACUGAUGAUCAAGUUCAGCAAGCCAUGCAGUCUCUCAAGGAAAUUGGAUUCAUUAACUACUAUGGGAUGCAAAGAUUUGGAACCACAGCUAUUCCUACAUAUCAAGUUGGAAGAGCUAUUCUACAGAAUAAUUGGAAUGAAGUCAUGGAUUUAAUACUAAAACCACGUCCAGGAGCUGAAAAGGGCUACUUAGUCAAAUGCCGAGAAGAGUGGGCAAAAACAAAAGAUCCAGCUGCAGCUCUUAAAAAACUUCCUGUGAAAAGAUGUGUGGAAGGACAACUGCUUCGGGGACUUUCAAAGUAUGGACUGAAGAAUAUAGUCUCUGCAUUUGGCAUAAUACCAAGAAAUAAUCGUUUGAUGUAUAUUCAUAGCUAUCAGAGUUAUGUGUGGAAUAACAUGGUGAGCAACAGAAUAGAAGAAUAUGGCCUCAGAGCUGUAUCAGGAGAUCUUGUACUAAAAGGAGGUACUGCUGUUUAUAUAGAAGAAUCGGAAGUUGACAGUUACACUAUCCAUGAUGUUGUGAUGCCAUUGCCUGGUUUUGAUGUUAUCUAUCCAAAGCAUAAAAUUGGAGGAGCCUACAAGGACAUAUUAGCUGCAGACAAUCUGGACAUAAAUAACAUGAAACAUAAAAUUCGAGACUAUUCAUUAUCAGGAGCAUACCGAAAGAUUAUCAUCCGUCCUCAGAAUGUGAACUGGGAGUUGGUUGCAUACGAUGACCCCAAAAUUCCAUUAUUUACCACUGAUUUAGACAAAAUGGAAGGAAAAACACCUGCAGUUCUUGCAACAGAAGGCAAAUACAAGGCUCUGAAGAUGGAGUUCUCCCUUCCACCGUCUACUUAUGCCACAAUGGCCAUUCGAGAAGUGCUGAAGAUGGACACAAGCAUAAAAAAACAGACACAGUUAAAUACGAUAUGGCUACGCUAAUGAUCUUUCACAUUGACUGGAUAAAAGUUUUAACAUGAAAAUUAGGUUCUUAUUUACUAGUUUUAUCUAGGUACUUUUUAAUUAAAAUGUAUUUUUGUAUUAGCUUAAAGCAUAUAAUUUGAGAUCUGUUGUAAAAUGGCGUUUGUUUUUAAGCUGUCAGAGCAAACAUGGUGCUUGAGCUACUUGCAGAGUGCAACAUUACUGCUUGCAGGAAAACUGAUGGCUUUUUUUAGUGAUUUCAGAUCCUCAAAAGUAUUCAAAAAUGGUUUCUCAAAUAUGAUUGUACAUAUAGCUUCCUGGGUUUGGUACUAAAUAUAGCUGAUUGCAACUCUGCUGUUCAGUAAUUCCAAUCAGGAUUGAUGAAUUCCCAUUUAUACCUAGUGAAGAAAUAUAUUUAGCCUUCAGAUUGGUGACAGGAUCUUGGCAAGAUGUUUAUGUCUUUAUGUAAACAUGUUCAGUUGUUUUUAUUUGGGCUGUAAUUUUAUUAAAUGUUUGUGUCUUUCCACAGCUUGUUUCAACUUGUAAAACAGCAGAUGACCAACAUGUGGAUUUUGCUGUUUAGUUCCAACAUAUAUGGUUUGUCUGUUGCUGGCAAUGGAUGAACUAGGAGAAUCUGUAUUGUGGCAUUACAGAAUUAAACUGCCAUUCUCAA